UGCGGAAGAGGCAGACAGAACGACGGACCCGCUGCACCCGGCACCAUGGCUGCCCCCGGCGUCGCGUGCUGCCUGCUGGGCCUGCUGGCGCUGAGCUCCGCCUGCUACAUCCAGAACUGCCCGCUGGGCGGCAAGAGGGCGGCGCGGGAGCUCGACGUGCGCCAGUGUCUGCCCUGCGGCCCCGGCGGCAAAGGCCGCUGCUUCGGGCCCAGCAUCUGCUGCGGGGACGAGCUGGGCUGCUUCGUGGGCUCGGCCGAGGCGCUGCGCUGCCAGGAGGAGAACUACCUGCCGUCGCCCUGCCAGUCGGGCCAGAAGCCGUGCGGGAGCGGGGGCCGCUGCGCCGCCGCGGGGGUCUGCUGCAGCCCGGACGGCUGCCGCAUGGACCCCACCUGCGACCCCGAGGCCUUCGCCCAGCGCUGAGCCGGAGCGUGCCCUUCCUCACCCCCCACAACCCCUCGAAAUAGUGACAAUAAAGCUGCUGUGCUGCCCUCCAA